AUGUCACAUAAUCGAUCUAGAGAUUUAACUUCAAAAACUAAUACAAAUAAAUAUUAUAAUUCAGAUCAAAAUGAUUCGAAUGAAAAUUCAAUUAUAGAUCCAUUUACUGAACAACUGAAUUUACAAUCUGAUCAUAAUAUAAAUCAUAGUUCAAGUUCAAAUAGUAUACUUGAAUAUCCAUCAUCGACCUCUUCAAAUUAUAAUUAUAAUCAAAAUAAUCAUUCUUCAAAUAAUCAAUAUGGAAAACCUUAUACCGAAUUUUCUUCAAGUGAUAGUAAUUUAAAUUUAUUAAAUUCAGAAUCAUCAUCUUCAAAUUUUACACCACCAAUUGGAACUAGAUCUUCAUCAACUAAUAAAUAUAACAAAUUCAAUUCUUCAAACAUAAAUUAUCAAAAAUAUCAAAAUAACCCAGUUAGAAAUGACAACUUAAAGAUCAACAAACCACCUGCUUAUGAUAGAUAUCCGAUUAUCCAAGAUUCAUUAAACAAUUCGUCAACCUCAUUAACUGAAGAAGAAGAAAAGAGAAAUUCACCAUUUGCAAAUGUAAUUUAUCCAUCAACUAUUCCUCAACAAAAAUCAGAAAUACCGAAAAAAAAUAAUUAUGAUUCAAAUUAUACUGAUUUUAGUCCAUUUGGAGGAUAUCCGGCAUCUUCAUUCCCAUUAAAUAUAGAUGAAAAAGAACCUGAUGAUGAUUUACAUAAUCCAGAUCCAAUCCGUGAUAUUAUAUAUGAUAAAAAUAGAUUUUGGUAUGAUUUGAAAAAUGGUGAUAGUAGAUCUUAUUUAGGAAUACUAAGUUUUUUACUAUUGAUAAUUGCUGCAGUUGCUGUAUUUGUUAUACUUCCAGCUUUAACUUUCACUGGAGUUACUGAUCAUAAAUAUGUUCCAGAAACUUAUGAAAUAUUAACUCAUUAUUCAUAUCCAAUGUUGAGUGCUAUACGGACAACUUUAAUUGAUCCAGAUACCCCUGAAGGGGCAUUAACUAUAGAUUCAAAAAACGGUGAUAAAUGGCAAUUGGUAUUUAGUGAUGAAUUCAAUGCAGAAGGUAGAACUUUUUAUGAUGGUGAUGAUCAAUUUUUCACUGCUCCAGAUUUACAUUACGAUGCUACAAAAGAUUUAGAAUGGUACGAUCCAGAUGCUGUCACAACUGCAAAUGGUACUUUAGUAUUAAGAAUGGAUGCUUUUAAGAAUCAUAAUUUAUUUUAUAGAUCUGGUAUGGUACAAAGUUGGAAUAAAAUGUGUUUUACUCAAGGUAGAAUUGAAAUUUCGGCAAGAUUACCAAAUUAUGGGACAGUUUCAGGUUUAUGGCCUGGUUUAUGGACAAUGGGAAAUUUAGGAAGACCUGGUUAUUUAGCAACAACAGAAGGUGUUUGGCCAUAUAGUUAUGAUUCAUGUGAUGCAGGUAUAACACCAAAUCAAUCAUCACCAGAUGGAAUAUCUUAUUUACCAGGUCAAAGAUUAAAUUCAUGCACUUGUCAAGGAGAAUCUCAUCCAAAUAGAGGUGUCGGUAGAGGAGCUCCAGAAAUUGAUGUAAUUGAAGCUGAAAUAAUGACUGAUGCAACAAAAGCUAAAGAAAAUAAUGGAGUUGCUUCACAAUCUUUACAAAUUGCACCUAUGGAUAUUUGGUACAUGCCAGAUUAUAAUUUUAUUGAGAUUUAUAAUGCAUCAGUCACAACAAUGAAUACUUAUGCAGGUGGACCUUUUCAACAAGCUAUUAGUGGUACAACAACAUUAAAUCAAACGUGGUAUCAAUUAAACAGACUUGAGAAUCAAGAACAUAAUUUUCAAUCAUAUGGCUUUGAAUAUUUAAAUGGGGACCUGGAUGGUUAUUUAAGAUGGUUUGUUGGUAAAAAUCCAACUUUAACAGCAUAUGCUCAAGCAUUACAUCCUAAUGGUAAUAUAGGUUGGAGAUAUUUAUCAAAAGAACCAAUGUCAAUAAUUAUGAAUUUAGGUGUAUCAAAUAAUUGGGCAUAUAUUGAUUGGGCAUCGUUGAGUUUUCCUGCAAUUUUUAAUAUUGAUUAUGUUCGAGUUUAUCAACCUUCAAAUAAUAUUAAUGUUGGUUGUGAUCCUGUUGAGUAUCCAACUGCUGAUUAUAUUGAACAACAUUUAAAUAUUUAUUCAAAUGUUAAUUUGACUUCUUUUGAAGACGGUGGUUAUACCUUUCCUAAGCAUCAACUAAAUGGGUGUUAA